AUCGGGAUAUAGUAACUGAGACAACACCCAGAGAGACUAUGAAACAGAGUGAGAGAAUACAUACCGUGUGAAAAGAAGAAGCUAAAAAGAUCUCUCUGCCACUCAUAUGUCUUAACAGAAAACUCAGACACAGAGUUUGAAAAAAAAGAGAGGAAAAGAUUUGUUGUUCUUCUUGUUUUUGUUUGCUUAAAAGCACUGAAAAAGGAAGCAAGCAAAGCUAGCUUCCCUAGUUUCCUAGUUAGCAGCUACUAGUACCCUAUUUUGCCUUUCUCAGGUGGUGCUUUUCCCGGGCAGAUCUCGUUUUUCAAAAGAGAAAAAAAAGGGGUUGUUUCGUUCUUCUUCAAGAGAAGGAAAGGGAAGCUCUUUAUUGCUUGUUGGAUUUUUGAGUGUGAAAGAAAUGAUUUUUGGUAGUACAACAAGCAUUUGAAAGGGUUGUUAGCUGGCUUUUUGAGAGAGUUAAGGCACUGCCAACCUUGGAGUUAAGGCUUCUUUUUGAAGCUGGGAUUCUUCUGUCUUCUUGUUAAGUCAUUUAUGAAUUACAAGUGUUUCUGAGAUAUAAAUUUAACAUCCUGGUGAACCAGAAAAUUUAAAGCUGUAACAGCUACCCAAAAACUGUGGUUUCUUGCUUUUAAAGAGAAGUGAAGCAAUGUCAGGACAGAAACAGGCUGAGGAAGCAAUCGUUCCAAGCUUUAAUGAGGCUUCUGAACAUGAAGAGAAAGAGGAAGAGAAGGGAGAUCAUUCCAUCUUCAGUGUUAAGAGCCUUCUUUGGCAUGGUGGUUCUGUUUAUGAUGCCUGGUUUAGCUGUGCUUCAAAUCAGGUGGCUCAAGUUCUGUUAACACUACCAUAUUCUUUCUCUCAAAUGGGAAUGCUUUCGGGGAUUAUUCUGCAGAUUUUUUAUGGCUUUCUUGGAAGCUGGACUGCUUAUCUCAUCAGUGUUCUCUAUAUUGAGUACCGAAGCAGAAAGGAGAAAGAGAAUGUCAGCUUCAAGAACCAUGUCAUACAGUGGUUUGAAGUGUUGGAUGGUCUCUUGGGACCUUACUGGAAAGCUGUUGGAUUGGCUUUUAACUGCACUUUUCUGCUCUUUGGAUCUGUCAUUCAGCUUAUAGCCUGUGCCAGCAACAUAUAUUACAUAAAUGACAAGUUAGACAAGAGGACAUGGACUUAUAUCUUUGGAGCUUGCUGUGCUACCACAGUCUUCAUCCCCUCAUUUCACAACUAUAGAAUCUGGUCUUUUCUGGGGCUCGGCAUGACCACCUACACUGCUUGGUAUCUGACCAUCGCAGCCUUUGUCCAUGGCCAGGUGGAGGGUGUAACUCACCAAGGUCCAACGAAGUUGGUUUUGUACUUCACUGGCGCCACCAAUAUCCUCUAUACUUUCGGCGGACAUGCUGUCACUGUUGAAAUUAUGCAUGCAAUGUGGAAACCUCAGAAAUUCAAGUACAUAUACCUAUUGGCCACUCUCUAUGUUUUCACGCUAACCAUUCCAUCUGCUGCUGCUGUGUAUUGGGCUUUCGGUGAUCAACUCCUUAACCAUUCCAAUGCCUUUUCACUCCUUCCACGCUCUGGGUGGCGUGAUGCAGCAGUUGUGCUAAUGUUAAUUCACCAGUUUAUUACAUUUGGGUUUGCGUGUACGCCAUUGUACUUUGUGUGGGAGAAAGUGGUGGGGAUGCAUGAUACAAAGAGCAUAUGUUUGAGGGCAGUAUGCCGGUUACCUGUGGUGAUACCUAUCUGGUUCUUGGCUAUCAUAUUUCCUUUCUUUGGUCCCAUUAACUCGGCUGUAGGAUCUCUUCUGGUCAGCUUCACUGUCUACAUCAUCCCUGCCUUGGCUCAUAUGCUCACUUAUAAAUCAGCCUCUGCCCGACAGAAUGCAGCUGAGAAGCCUCCUUUCUUCCUCCCAAGCUGGACAGCAGUGUAUGCUGUGAACACAUUCAUUGUGGUUUGGGUCUUCGUAGUUGGCUUUGGAUUGGGAGGUUGGGCUAGUAUGACAAACUUCAUCAAACAAGUCGAUACAUUCGGGCUCUUUGCCAAGUGCUACCAAUGCCCACCCUCACCAUCAUCAAAGCAUCACUGAAGUAUUUUUUGUUAUUUUCUCAUUCCAAUUACAGCGCAUUAUAGCAUCUUUUUCUCUUGUAUUAUACUCCUGGGAGGCAUCUGCACCUCCUCCCAUACAUGCAGUGUGCUGUAGUGUCCAUCUCUUUUGUUCUACCUUUUGCUACAACUAGUUGGUGAACUCUGAAUGGGUUGUAUUUCCUCAGUAUUCUAUAUUUUUGUCAAUGGGAAGAAGCAAAGGGUAAAUCUUUUCAA